CCUCGGCUGCUGGCGCCCCGCGCCCCUGCCCGCGCCCGCUGCCGCCGCCGCCGACGCCUCCCGGCCGGAGCAUGGAGACGGCGGAGAAGGAGUGCGGCGCCCUGGGCGGGCUCUUCCAGGCCAUCGUCAACGACAUGAAGAGCUCCUACCCCAUCUGGGAGGACUUCAACUCCAAGGCCACGAAGCUGCAUUCCCAGCUGAGGACCACUGUGCUGGCUGCUGUGGCCUUCUUGGAUGCCUUCCAGAAAGUGGCAGAUAUGGCCACCAACACCCGAGGGGCCACCCGGGACAUUGGCUCGGCGCUCACGCGCAUGUGCAUGCGCCACCGCAGCAUCGAGACCAAGCUGCGGCAGUUCACCAACGCGCUGCUGGAGAGCCUUAUCAACCCGCUGCAGGAGCGCAUCGAGGACUGGAAGAAGUCGGCCAACCAGCUGGACAAGGACCACGCAAAAGAGUACAAACGAGCCCGGCAUGAGAUCAAGAAAAAGUCUUCAGACACGCUGAAGCUGCAGAAGAAAGCACGCAAAGGGAAAGGAGACCUGCAGCCUCAGCUGGACAGCGCCCUGCAGGACGUCAACGACAUGUACCUGCUGCUGGAGGAGACAGAGAAGCAGGCGGUGCGCCGGGCCCUGAUCGAGGAGCGCGGGCGCUUCUGCACCUUCAUCACCUUCCUGCAGCCUGUGGUGAACGGCGAGCUGACCAUGCUGGGAGAGAUCACACACCUGCAGGGCAUCAUCGACGACCUGGUGGUGCUGACGGCCGAACCCCACAAGCUGCCCCCCGCCAGCGAGCAGGUGAUCAAAGACCUGAAGGGCUCAGACUAUAGCUGGUCCUACCAGACGCCCCCAUCGUCGCCCAGCGGCUCCGGCUCACGGAAGUCCAGCAUGUGCAGUGCCCCCAGCAGCAGUAGCGGUGCCAAGGGUGGCGGAGCCCCGUGGCCUGGGGGUGCCCAAACAUACUCACCCAGUUCCACCUGUCGCUACCGCAGCCUGGCCCAGCCAGCCACCACGGCCGCCCGCCUCUCCAGCGUCUCGUCCCACGACUCUGGCUUCGUCUCCCAGGACGCCACCUACUCCAAGCCCCCCUCACCCAUGCCUUCCGACAUCACCAGCCAGAAGUCCUCCAGCUCUGCGUCCUCAGAGGCCUCGGAAACCUGCCAGUCCGUUAGCGAGUGCAGCUCCCCCACCUCGGACUGGGCCAAGGCGGGCCCCCACGAGCAGCCCUCGAGCACCAGCCUGCAGCGGAGAAAGGAUCGAGCGGAGCACCCCCGAGACACAGAACCAGGCCUGGCCAGCGGGGGUGCCCUGGGCCCCAGCAGCGAGGAGGCACCGCGACCCCGCAUGUCCCCUGCCACCAUCGCAGCCAAGCACGGCGAGGAGGUGUCCCCCGCCGCCAGUGACCUGGCCAUGGUGCUGACCCGCGGCCUGAGCCUGGAGCACCAGAAGAGCAGUCGGGAUUCUCUGCAGUACUCCAGCGGCUACAGCACGCAGACCACCACGCCCUCGUGCUCCGAGGACACCAUCCCGUCCCAAGGUAGGCCCUGGGGCCGGGGCCGGGGCGGAUCGGCCAGCCUUCCGAGCCCCGGCCCACCGCAUCCCGUGUCACCAGGCUCCGACUACGACUGCUACUCCGUGAACGGGGACGCAGACGGCGAGGGCCCGGCCGAGUUCGACAAGUCAUCCACCAUCCCCCGCAACAGCAACAUCGCCCAGAACUACCGCCGCCUGAUCCAGACCAAGCGGCCGGCCUCCACCGCGGGGCUGCCCAGCGCCUCGGGCGCGCCCCCCGGCGUAGCCACCAUCCGCCGCACGCCGUCCACCAAGCCCGCCGUGCGCCGCGCGCUCUCCAGCGCCGGCCCCAUCCCCAUCCGGCCGCCCAUCGUCCCCGUGAAGACGCCCACCGUGCCCGACUCCCCGGGCUACGCGGGGCCCACGCGGGCGGGCAGCGAGGAGUGCGUCUUCUACAGCGACGAGGCCGCCUCGCCCCUGGCCGCGGACCUGGCCAAGGCCUCCCCGAAGCGGCUGAGCCUGCCCAACACGGCGUGGGCCAGCCCGGCCCCCGAGGCGACCAGCUACUCCGGGCUGGCGGCGGACGACGACGACGAGCAGCAGCAGCUGGCCGCCAACCGGCACAGCCUGGUGGAGAAGCUCGGGGAGCUGGUGGCGGGCGCCCACGCCCUGGGCGAGGGCCAGUUCCCCUUCCCCACGGCCCUGGCCGCCGCAGCCGCCCCUGCUGAGGAGACGCCCAGCCCACCCCCUGCCGCCUCCGGCGACCCCCCGGCCGAAGACAUGCUGGUGGCCAUCCGCCGCGGGGUGCGGCUCCGCAGGACCGUCACCAACGACAGGUCGGCGCCCCGCAUCUUGUGAUGGCGCCGCCCUCCCGCCCUCUGGCCCGUGUGACGCAGGUGGCCGGACCAGUGACCCACAGCCGCUCAGAGCGAAGGCACAGCGAGGAGACAGCAGAGCCAGGCAAGCCUUUGGUUUUCUGUUUUUUAAGUCACGUGUGAUGGAGAGACACUCAUCCUGGAUUUCAGCAUUUACGUGGGAAGUGACUUCCUUAACCAAGCCCGCCAGCUCGGAGCCUGCAGGCCUUGAACUGGAUCCGGAGCCUGUUUUAUAUGUUUCCUGCCUGUUCUGCCCCUCCUCCUCCUCCUCCUCAGGCCCUGCCUCUCCCCCCGCCCCCACCCACUGGGGGAGCCCUGCUCUGGGCCUGCCCUGCCCGAGGCCUCUCCUGGAGACCAGGCGCUUCUCCCUCCUUCCCCUUUCUCUCCCCUUCCAGAGUUCUGUCAGGGAGGCAGGCUGUCUGCGGAGGGGCCCGGCGCCCAGUCGGCUGAGGUGUGAGCUUUGACUGAAAAGCUAUCCGGGAUGGCGGGGAGCAGGUUGAGGUUGGGAGGCCCAGCCUCCUGUGGAGGGAAGAGGCGCACAGCCCCAGGGCCCUGCGUUGUCUUGGGGACGUGUUUGGAGAAGGCCAUGGCGCCUAAGGUGGCUUCAGGUCCUAGCGUGCCGUCGCUGGGGCAGUGUGGCUGCUGGAGAGGGGCAGGCCACAGGGUCCUCUGGCCGGUCCCUCGGGAGCUGCUUUUGGAUGUGUGGCCCUCAUAUGGGCACGUUGAAAAUUUAACUCUGGUGGCACUUUGGUCACGGUUUCGGCCACCUUUGGGCAUAGGGGCUGGAGCUUGGUAGAGGGUGUGGGGGUUAUUUUUAUGAAUAUGAUAGCGAAAGAGCUGACUAGACAGGACUGUGUGGUGGGACAGGGUGGACCGUACAGGGUGUCCAAGAGUGCCUGAGGGACAGGGGUCCUCACAGUGGCCCGGUGGGCCUAUGGCAGGAGGAGGAGGGCCAAAUUGCUUCCUCAAAGCCAAGGGGUAGCUGUUUUUUCCUCCAGUUUCUGGAGCAAAGCCAAAAUAAGGUUGGAGAAGGCCAGGUGUUGGGGGUUGGCCAGCACAUCUGCUUGGAUGGGGCUGGGGUGUAGCCCAGGGAGCUUGGCUUUGACUCUCUGUCGCCAGAGGAGAUGCCAACCCAGUGCAGUCCCCCCGGAGUCCGGUCCUGUGCUGGCGGUGGGUGCGGGGUGGGGGUGCCCUCCCCUCCACGUGCUGAGUCCCGCCAACUCAAAGCAGGUAGAAGCAGGUGCGUCUAGGGCGAGUGGAGGGCUUCCUGUUGUCCCGCCGGCUGGCAGUGAGGGUGGCCGGGCUCGGAGGGCAGCAGGACCACAGGGCAGGGGGCCUCCUGGGGUCGGGAGAGCAGGGAUUGGGGCUGAGUCUCAGCACCAGGCUGGAGCUACUGGUAGUUCUUGUGCAGGGAACUGGGGUCCAAGCAAGGUGGCCAGGCAGGUCUGGGGCACCAAGGUGGCCCCUGGUGCCUGGAGGCCCCCCCCCACCCCACCCAGGUUCCCAAGGGCAGAUGGAGGAUGGUAUCUGUAAGUUGCUAGGUCUGAGAACAGCCUUGCUGACUGCUCAGGCCAACCCGAGAGCCCAGGUUAGGGCAUCUUGAGAGAGGGCCCAGGUGAGGGAGGGCCUGAAGAGGACAGGAGAGCAGAUGGCCCGUUGGGGAAGGCGGGGGGUGGGGGGUUUGCGGGCAGGCAGAUACACUGCCCUUUCCCCACAGGGCUGUGCUGGCAUUUACCCGGGUGGGCUGAGCGAGUAAGAUGCAGGGUGUGUGAUAUGAGCAGGGCAAGGAGCAGUGGGGUACGGGGGUGACUUG